CUCUUGGAAGUUAACGAUUGGCGAGAUCUUGGCUGCGUUAUUGACACAACACUUUCUAUUGAUAGAAAUAAGUAGCGAUUGUCCCGAGUCACUGGCGCGCCAAAGUAACCGGCGAUGGGCUGGCUUGAUGCCGCCGGGCUCAGAGGGCUGGUUCCGCCGGCGGAGGAGGUGAUGGUGCUGGUGGCGGCGGCGAUGCUGCUCUCCCUCCUUGCAGAUCAGUGACAAGAGAAGGGGCAGAGAGUGAAACAGAGUGAGAGAGGGGAGAGGAUAGGAAAAAAAAAAAAAGAAAGAGAAAAAAAAAAAAAAAGAGGCGUCUACCAAAGCGGCUCAAACCGGGCGAACAAAUGCAAUCCAGCCAUGGACAAUAGUGGCCACCAUACGGCGACCAAAAUCCUAGCGACUCCUCCAGCCAGAGAAAGCCUGUCUGCCAGGAGCAACAUGAUCAGCACGCCCAAGCCCCUCGCCUUCUCCAUUGAGCGCAUCAUGGCGCGGACGCCAGAGCCCCGCUCCAUCCCCGUCCCGCAGCUCCUCCACGGCUCCGUGGCCAAAGGCGACCCCAAGCACCCGCUGCACCUCAACUCCUCCAUCCCCUGCAUGAUCCCCUUUGUCCCGGUGGCGUACGACCCCCUGCCCAAAGCGGCGGUGGCCGGAGUGGAACCCAGGAAGGCUCAUUUAGACUCCUCUUCCUCGCCCUCCUUUAGCUGCGGCGAUCUCUUGAACUGUGCCCUGAGCUUGAAAGGAGAUUUCCCCCGCGAUGCCCUGCCCUUGCAGCAGUACAAACUGGUAAGACCCCGAGUGGUCAAUCACUCCUCCUUCCACGCCAUGGGAGCCCUGUGCUAUUUCAACCGAGGCGACAGCCCUUGUCACCCGUCCUCCAGUGUCAACAUCCACCCGGUGGCUUCUUAUUUUCUCAGCUCCCCCUUGCACCCGCAGCCCAAGGCUUACCUGGCGGAGAGGAACAAGCUGGUGCUGCCGGCCGUGGACAAGUACCCGGCGGGGGUGGCCUUCAAGGACUUGUCUCAGACCCAGCUGCAGCACUACAUGAAAGAGAGCGCCCAGAUCCUCUCGGAAAAAAUCGCCUACAAGACAUCGGAGUUCAGCCGCGGCUCCCCGAGCAGCAAGCCCAAAGUUUUCACGUGUGAAGUUUGUGGAAAGGUAUUUAAUGCACAUUAUAACUUAACUCGCCAUAUGCCGGUGCACACGGGAGCCAGACCCUUUGUUUGCAAAGUUUGCGGGAAGGGCUUCAGACAGGCAAGCACGCUCUGCCGGCACAAGAUCAUCCACACCCAGGAAAAGCCACACAAGUGCAACCAGUGCGGCAAAGCCUUUAACCGGAGCUCGACCCUGAACACGCACACGCGAAUACACGCUGGCUACAAACCUUUUGUUUGUGAAUUUUGUGGCAAAGGAUUUCACCAGAAAGGCAAUUACAAAAACCACAAGCUGACUCACAGCGGCGAGAAGCAAUUCAAGUGCAAUAUCUGCAACAAGGCUUUCCACCAGGUGUACAACCUGACGUUCCACAUGCACACCCACAACGACAAGAAGCCCUUCACCUGCCCCACCUGCGGCAAAGGCUUCUGCAGGAACUUUGACCUCAAGAAGCACGUCCGCAAGCUGCACGACAGCGCCCUGGGACUGCCCCGGGCCCCCGCAGAGCUGGGGGGGCCUGACCAGCAGCCGGCCCCCUCCGGGCCGCUGCUGCCGGGCCCGCCACCGCUCCAGCCUUGAGGGUGGGAGCUCCAGCCGCCCCUUGCAUGCACCUGUUAAGCGGUUUUGUGUGUUAUGCUCUAUAUCGCCACUCACGUCCAUGGGACCGGUUGUUUCCCCUCUUUAUUUUUCUA